AUGGUCAUCGAGAUCGAGAACGAUCAAAGCGAAAAGGGGUCUAUGCUGAUUGCCCAGGACAUGCUCGGGAAAAAAGUUUAUUAUGGCUGGCCAUUUUUGCAAGAAGGCUUAGUUGUUGCUGUGUCUGACGAGUUCACCUGCCAUGAGUUGGACACAGGGGGACCAAAGAAGAUUGUUUCGUUCCCUCAGGAUCCUGACUCAGUCAGCACAUGGAAGCGCAACGCUUUCCAGAUAGAAGAGCUCUACUCGAAACGUUAUGCCGUAUUAAUAGGACUUGUCGAAGUGCUUUUGCAUGUCCGGCCUUUGAAAGGCGAGCGUCUCGACGACGGUGCCUUAGUGAAAGAUUAUGAAGCGGGGAAGGAGGUUCUGCAGGCUGUUCAGUUAGCACUGCAAGAAGUAAUAUCCGAGGAUCCCAGGUUUCUGGAAAAAGGUGGGACGCCUAUUCAAGAGGAAUACCCGAUUGGGACCAAGGUCAUCUUUCUCGGAGAGCACGCAUACGGUGUCGCAGCCCAGGUGGUUGAAUCUAAAGAAAAAUCCCUUUCCGUUAUUCUUGCAUUUUUCCCUUCUGAGGCCUCGGAUCCCGAAAAAUUUACUAAUAUUGUCCGCGCGGAUGCUCCCGGGAAUUACUUCCGGUCUGGGAAUGCUGCCAGCAUGGUGGGGUUGAGCGCUUUAGCCUUGUCAAGGAUUACCUCAAGCCUUAUGGUCAUGACCACUGACGCAAAGGUGAACAUCGGCCUUUGCCUGAAGUUCGAGGCCAGAGGGCGUAAGGUCAUGGAUUAUUCCCGGAAGGGAGAACGUGGUUGGGAAUUCAGCUAUCGUGCUAUCCAAUUAAUUCGUCAAUAUCUGGCGGCGUUCCCUGAUCUCCACAAGAUACUCGAUAACUCAAAAGAAGCCAUCCUACGAAGUUCGGAAGCCCUUCCUGAGGAGAGCAAUCCUGAUUUUGUAAUCGAACAGAUGGCUGCUUGGCUGAAAUCCAAAGGGGUCCAGGAUUUUGAACAGGUUCCAUUGGAUGUGGAAUCUGUUUCAAAGUCAAUUAUCGACAAAUUCGAGAGAUUGGCUGAUUCCCUUAAUGCGACAAAAUCCGCGGGGGCCAUCAAGAAGGCUAAAGUCCAAGGGAUACCACGUCAAGCUAUCCUCAAACCGUCGCACGCCAUUCACCGACUGAAUCAUCAAAGAUUCUCGUUGGGUGAUCGUGUUGUCAUGGCGCAAGACUCGGGAGGUGUCCCGCUUUGUGCGAGGGGUGUGGUGGUAGGCAUAUCGAAUGACUUGAUAGACGUUGUAUGGGACAUGCAAAUCAUCUCCGGCACUACGCUCAAUGGCCGAUGUUCUGACUACCGCGGCUCCAGCGUACCUCGAAGUUCAUGCUUGAACCUUAAAGAUCCACAAUUUUGUGUUUCGACGAAACCCCGUAGUCAACCUGCACCAAUUCUAAAACCGCCGCCUCGUGCAGCAACGGGUCCACACCAGACUUCACUAUCCCAGGGACGUGGCGGACAACCUCGUGCAAGCCCGGGAAUGUGA